AGGGGAGGUGCUGGAAAAGGGGUUGGGGGUAGUUUGAGUCGGAUGAGGAAGGCGGGAAUCUAAUCCUCUUCCAAUCAGCUCCCCAUCCCGCCCUUUGGCGGCUUCAUACCGCAGCCUGACUUAGUAUGACUGCAGGCAUGCUCCAAGGCGGACACUGACUGUCUCCACGAGGGGACUGGGAGGCGGGGGUUCCAAAUGGGGGAGGAGGGAACCGAAGGCACCGUGCACCUGCUGUGCCUCGCAGCAUCGAGCGGGGUCCCCCUGUUUUGCAGGAGCAGCCGCGGCGGCGCCCCCGCCCGCCAACAGCUCCCGUUCUCUGUCAUCGGCUCCCUCAAUGGAGUCCACAUGUUUGGGCAGAAUCUCGAGGUGCAGCUGAGCUCUGCGAGGACGGAGGAUACAAUCGUGGUGUGGAAAAGCUUCCAUGACAGCAUCACCCUUAUUGUUCUGUCAUCUGAGGAGGGGACCUCGGAGCUGAGGCUGGAGAGACUACUCCAGAUGGUGUUUGGGGCUAUGGUUCUUCUUGUGGGACUUGAAGAACUGACCAAUAUCCGCAACGUAGAGAGACUGAAGAAGGAGCUGAGGGCCAGUUACCGCCUCAUUGACAGCUUCCUGGGGGACUCAGAGCUUAUUGGGGACCUGACCCAGUGUGUGGACUGUGUGGUUCCUCCAGAGGGGUCCCUGCUGCAGGAAGCCCUCUCUGGGUUCGCCGAAGCCGCGGGCACCGCCUUCGUCAGCCUGGUCGUGUCGGGCCGGGUGGUGACAGCAACUGAGAGCUGGUGGCGGCUGGGGAUGCCGGAGGCAGUGCUGAUCCCCUGGCUGGUGGGGUCUCUGCCGCCGCAGGCCGCUCGCGACUACCCGGUGUACCUGCCGCACGGGAGCCCCACGGUUCCUCACCGGCUUCUGACUCUGACACUCCUGCCGGACUUAGAGCUAUGUCUUCUCUGUGGGCCGCGCCCUCCCCUCAGCCAGCUGGAUGCACAGCUUUUGGACCGCUGGUGGCAGCCACUGCUGGACCUGCUGCGGACCUGCCUGCCGCUGGGACCCCGAGCGCUGCCCGCGGGCUUCCCCCUGCACACGGAUAUCCUCGGACUGCUGCUCCUCCACCUGGAACUGAAACGUUGCCUCUUCACCGUGGAGCCUUCGAGGGAUAAAGAACCCUCUCCUGAGCAUCGUCGGCGUCUCCUUCGCUCCUUUUAUACCCUGGUCACUGCCACGCACUUCCCACCAGAGCCUGGGCAGCCAGAGAAGGUGGAGGCGGCGGCCCACCGGGCCCAGGUGCCAAGAGCCUGCUACCUGGUGUCAGGGGCUGAGGAGCAGGGCACAGGAUGGCGGCUGGUGGCCCUGCAGUUGGGGCCACGGCGGCUGCUGCUGCUGCUGUCUGCUCAGAGUCCCACAUAUGGGCUGAGGGGCCUGGCCACCCACACUCUGCAUGCCCUCACCCCGCUCCUCUGACCGCUGGUUGUGAGUGCCAGACACAGACAUGGACGUGGGGCUGUUAGCGUCUCUCUGUUUAUUCGCUCACAAUAAUACACGGCCCCUGGAUGGGGAGGGGGCAGGAGGGGCUACAACAGGGUGGGGUGGGAGGGGAGGAGGUGCCCACUUCCCUGGCCCCUCUCCCCUCUGUGCUUCGGGGGGAAAGGGAGGGAGGGGGCUCACCCUCACCCCCCAAGAAUGUAAACAGCAGCAGAUGAACAAAAAUAAAAAUACAAAAGGCCGGAGGAAGGUCCUAGGCAUCCCUCCACCCUGGGGUCUUCCCUGUCACCA